AUGGAAGCAAAUAGGAUGUACCCAGAAGCAAGGAAACUGACAAACCACGAUUUCCCAACAGAAUGGGUAUGGAAAAGCAAGGAAAAGAAAUGGAAAGGAAGAGAUGAAGGGUUCAAAAUAGGGAGGAUUUACUAUGUGCACCCAGCAUCAGGGGAGCUUUACUACUUGCGUAUGCUCCUUAAUAUAGUGACAGGAUCAACAAGCUUUGCAAAAAUAAGAACAGUAAAUGGCGUAGAAUUUGCCACAUUCAAGGAAGCUUGCAAUGCUUUAGGGCUUCUAGAAGGAGAUAGUGAAUGGCAUGAAGCUCUACAGGCUGCAUCAUCUUGGGCUCAUGCCCCACAACUUAGAGAGUUGUUCGUCACAAUCUUAAUUUUCUGUGAAGUAACAAGUCCCAGUGACCUAUGGGAGAAAAAUUGGGAGCUAUUAUCAGAUGAUGUCCUAUACCGCCAACGCAAGAGGUUUAAUUCUCCCAUCAUUGUGCUAACAACAAACCAAGUGCAAAACUACGCAUUAUAUGAGAUAGAAUUGAUCCUCAACAGAAAUAACAGGAGCCUCACAAACUAUGGAAGUAUGCCAUUCCCGGACAUGUCUUUGGUGCAACAAACAUCAAACAGAUUGAUAUUGGAAGAGCAAAUGUUUGACAUCGCAACUCUAGCACACGAAGCAUCCAAUUUAGAAGCAGGCCUAAAUCCAGAACAAAGCUCUGUGUACCAUCAGAUACUAGAGGCCAUAGAAAAUACAAUUGGGGGGGUAUUUUUCAUUUAUGGUAGCGGAGGCACAGGGAAGACAUAUUUGUGGAGCACCUUAAUAUCAAGAAUUAGAUCUCAAGGCCAUAUUGUAAUUGCAGUCGCAUCAUCUGGAAUUGCAGCAUUAUUACUUCACUGUGGAAGGACGACACAUUCACGCUUCAGCAUCCCAAUACAUUUAAAUGAGAACUCAUGUUGCAGGAUAACACAAGGUUUAGAGUUGGCAUUCCUCAUCCAAAGAGCAAGGCUUAUAAUAUGGGAUGAAGCUCCCAUGGUCCACAGGCAUGCGUUUGAGGCAGUGGACCGCACUUUACGUGAUAUUAUGCAGACAGUUAACCCUAGCGCUUCAGACAGGCCAUUUGGAGGAAAAACGGUGGUCUUAGGAGGUGAUUUCAGGCAAAUAUAA